UCUCGGCGCUGCCCCCUCCGCCUCUCCCAUCCCAAUCUCUCUCUCCUACGCUCCGCUCCUCGCAGCAGCUACCCAACGGCAGCAAGGGAGAGCGGCGGCGGCAGGCGGUAGCUAGCUAGCCAGUAGCCCCUUCUCCUCGAGCGCGUCGCAGCCCAACGAGCGAUGGAGAACCGUGUGAGAUCCGAGAGCCGCAGCACCAUGGAGGGCGUCAAGUUCGGGUCGGAGGCGGCGGCGGCGGCGAACACCAACCGGCGGGCGCUGAGGGACAUCAAGAACAUCAUCGGCGCCCCGCACCAGCACCUGGCCGUCAGCAAGAAACCUUCCGCUGCGGACGCCAAGAACCAGGCUGCCGGCUUCGCCGGGCACCGGCCGGUCACAAGGAAAUUCGCAGCUACACUGGCGACACAGCCUGCAAAUGCCCCGUUGGCACCCAUUGGUAGUGAGCGGCAGAAAAGAAAUGCUGAGACUGCAUUCCACGCUCCUUCUGAUAUGGAAUGCACCAAGGUGUCCGAUGAUCUGUCAGUGCAGCAUCUUUCGGACAUGGAUGAAAUGAUGACAAAUGAGCUGAAAGAAAUCGAUAUGGAAGACAGCGAGGAGGAGGUGGCACCAGAUAUCGACAGCUGCGAUGCCGGCAACUCCCUCGCGGUGGUCGAGUAUGUUGAUGAGAUAUACAGUUUCUAUAGAAGAAGCGAGGAUUUGAGCUGUGUCUCACCUAGCUACAUGUCGCACCAGACCGAUAUCAAUGAAAAGAUGCGCGGCAUUCUUAUCGAUUGGCUGAUAGAGGUGCACUACAAACUGGAGCUGUUGGGUGAGACCCUGUUCCUCACAGUGAACAUCAUCGACAGAUAUCUAGCUCGUGAAAACGUGGUGAGGAAGAAGCUCCAGCUGGUCGGCGUGACUGCCAUGCUGCUGGCGUGCAAGUACGAGGAAGUGAGUGUGCCGGUCGUGGAGGAUCUGAUCCUCAUCUGUGACCGCGCCUACACCCGGGCAGAUAUCCUGGAGAUGGAGAGGACCAUUGUGGACAGGCUUGAGUUCGACAUGUCGGUUCCGACCCCAUAUUGCUUCAUGAGGAGGUUCCUGAAGGCAGCCAAAUCUGACAAGAAGCUGGAGCUCCUCGCCUUCUUCAUAAUCGAGCUGAGCCUCGUCGACUACGGGAUGCUCAAGUUCCAGCCGUCCAUGCUGGCGGCAGCGGCCAUCUACACUGCCCAGUGCACCAUCAACGGGUUCAAGUCCUGGAACAAGUGCUGCGAGCUACACACAAAGUACUCUGAAGAACAGCUAAUGGACUGCUCGAGGAUGAUGGUGGAGCUCCACCAAGGAGCGGCCAACGGGAAGCUGACCGGCGUGCACCGCAAAUACAGCACGUUCAAGUACGGUUGCUCCGCCAAGUCGGAGCCAGCCAUCUUCUUGCUCUGACCAAUCAAAUCAACCCUGUAACUGCUAAAGAUCACACCAGGAUGGAUGGAUGGAUAGCGAGUUGAAGAGGUGUACAUUACAUUGAGGCUGCUCUGCUCUGGUCUGCACUGAGAAAUUUACAUUACACCGGGAGACCAACAUGAUGUUGGUUGUAUUGUGUGCGUCACUCUCUCUCGAUAACACUUGACACAGUUAUAGUAUCCGAGCUGCUUCCAAUUAUAUCUGUUGGAAUGUGUUGUAUUUAGGCUGGUAAUUCUUGAUUGUUUGCUGUGACAAAACCUGCAAGUUGCAAAUAAACAUCGAUUGAAUUUUUCCUGUUCA